AUGACAAAGCAAACACGUCCCAGUCCAUAUCCGCACAGCCACCCGUAAGUGCCACUCCUCCGUCGCGAACCACCACUAGUACUACCACCAACCACCAAAACCACCUUUUACAGCCACGACAAUAAACAAUGCUAACUCAUCUCCUCCAAAAACUAACCCAUAAACCACCCACCCCCACGAUCCUCCUGCGCCAUAAAACCACAUCAUCCGAAUACGUAUCCUCAAGAAACCGUGACCCCACUUUCGAAAAACUAAUGGACAUAUACAAAAACCUCUUUAAAGUCAUCUCAAUUCAAGACCUCAUCCUCGGUACCACAACCAACACUAACGCCGUCUCCAUCGACUUCCUCAACCGCUUAUCCCAACGCCUUCAUCUUAACAAUGAUUUUCUCCGUAAAUACCCACACAUUUUCCAUCACCCCACUAAACUAAAACCUUAUUCUACACUCACACAAACUGCACUUAAUAUCACUCAUCAAGAAGCUGCAGCAAUUAAUGCUGAUUUGCAAGUUGUGGCUAACCGGUUGGUUCGUUUGUUGUCGAUGUCGUUGACUAAAGAAUUGCCCCUUAGAGCUAUUUUCAAGGUUUUUAGGGAACUUGGUUUGCCUGAUGAUUUUGAGGAUAGUGUAAUCUUGAAAAAAUCUAUUCUUUUUGCGCUUUUUGAUAGCGGGAAUGAACCGAACACUCAUGUGUUGAAACUUGUUGAAGAUGUAGAGAAGGGGGAGUUAGUUGCAGCUGUUGAUGAUUGGAGAGUAAUAGAAUGUUGUAAAGAGGAUUGUGGGGUUGAUAAAUAA